UUCCUUGACCUGACAUUAGAGACAGUCACGUAGAAAGGCGUCAUCGAGUCACAAGUCAGACAACACAGUUUUUACUACAACUUGAUCUAGAUCUAAAUAGAUCUAUAUAUAAACUAAUUUGUCUAUUUUUUAAACGGAAAAUGGCAGAACAAAGAACCUGCGUGAUUGCAAUGGAUGGAAGUGAACAUGCUGAUUAUGCUUUGGACUGGUAUUGUAAGAACAUCCACAGGGAAGGUGAUCAUGUGGUGUUGGUGUAUGUUCCAGAACUGAAUGACAUGCUACACUCCUCCAAGUGGAGCAAUUCUGUUUAUGUGUUUGACCGAGAUGUGAUGGAGGCCAUGCUGAAAGAAGAACAAGAGCGCAUCAAAGGAGACCUUGAGAAAUUUGCGCUGAAAUUAAAGCAACAUGGGCUUGGUGGGAAGGUAAAGAGUGUGAUGGCUUCCAAGCCAGGAGAAGGUGUUUUAAAAGCCGCAGAGGAAGAGAAAGCUGUCAUGAUCGUUGUAGGAAGUCGAGGCUUGGGAACAAUUCGCAGAACAUUUGUCGGCUCAGUCAGCGAUUACCUUGUCCACCAUUCCCAUGUGCCAGUCUUUGUGUGCAAGCAUCCCAACAAGCAUGUGACCAGUGAAGUAGAGCAAAAAUAGAUCAAUUGGUUGUACCAUUACUUUCCCUAGUGUUCUUCUUAUCCUUUUGUUGUCCUUUUUAAAAAUAUUUUGUAUAGUGAUAUACUUUUGAUUGAAAGUCUGCUCAAGUGAGGACAAGCCUUUUCAUAAAGCCACUCUAUGGAAUCAACUCAUUUUGAACCCGAAAAAUUGUACAUGUGCUUCAAAUAGAAGAAUGAAAAAAAAAACUACAUGGCGAGAAAACUGUAUAUAUAUAUAAGAGUGUGUUUUAUGAUGGGAUUGCCAGCACUCCCUUCCAUGUUAUAUUACAUUGCUCCAGAAAAAAAGAAACCAAAAAAAAUUUUUUUUCCUAAUUUAUAAAUAACUUAUAUUUAAUGUUAAAUAGAUAGGCCCCAUCUUGACUACAUUCUUAUAUGGUUUGUCAUUUUGUUCCUUUUAUUUUUCUACUUUAAAGGGGGAGGUGGCGAGGGAAGAUGUUGCUAGGUGAAGUCUAUGAAGUUUUACUUUCUAGCUUAUCAUGGCCUUCCUCUUGCCCUGUUUAUUAAUAUAACAGGUGGUGUGUGUCCAUUGAAGGCUGUUCAAUUAGCUGGCUAGCUCUACAUGUUCAAGUCAGUGUAUUUGUUGGGUCUACAUUUCUUAAUGGUAUUCCACUUAAGACAAUGUAUUUGAUAUGAAGAACAUACCCCCUGUACUGUUUUUUUUUUUACAGAUUUUUUUUUGCGCACUACUUUAUUUUUAAUUCCACUACGAAAUUCACUAACCUUUACAAGGAACUAAUUUUACUAAUUGGAAUCCAAAAUUUAUUUCAUGCCCUUAUUCAUUUAUGAGCCUUUGAGCACUAAUUGUUUCUUUUUUAAUCCUAAAAUUUAAUAAAUAUGCAAAAUUUGUUGUCAGUAUUUUUAAGUUCAGAACUUUGAAUUCAUAUUUUUAUAUUUCCUAUGCAGUGUACAGUUUGCUAAUUUUUUCACUAUUUAUUGUGCAAUGAAGAGUAAAGGAAGUAGGAUUAACACUUCCUCCUACACUUGAUAAACAAAACAAAGAAUGUUUGCGAUAGAGAUUGGCUUUUUUAACACAUUUUUUCUUACUAAAUAAACCAAGAAUGUAAUUAUUUUACUAGCUAAAUUAACCCACAUUGUGUGCAUUGGAUCUAUACAAAGCCAAAAGAGUAAUUCAGUGUUAAGCAAACAAUAAACAGUUUCAUAUAUAAACUUAAGAGUUGAUCUUCAUGAUAGUUACUGUUUUAAACCAAUAAUAUAGACUUGUUUAUCUCCUCAUGACUAAAGUAAAUUGAAAAGUAUAAUUUAUUUUUAUAUUUUACUUUUUUUUUUUCCUUUUUCUAGCAUGAAUGUUGCUUUAUAGUUUUAACAAGAAAAAAAUGCAUUUUCAUAAUAUACUUAUUGAAAAUUAUCUAGCUGUAAUCCUAUAUCGGCUCAUAAAUAUAAUAUACACAUCCUUUGUCUUAAUCUUCUGUUCAGUCGUAAAAAUGUCUUUCAGUAGAUAUUUUCAUUAUUUUGAAAACAUCAGGUAUUGUAGAUGUAGAUUACAGUAGUUAAAGCUAUUAGGCAGCUUUUUUUUUUUUUUUAAUUUGAACUCCCAUUCCUUUUCUGUAUAAUCAAAAGGUGGCCAACAUUCCAGCUGAGUGUGUUCUAAUUAGUUUAAAGAGAAAAGGUUCUAUAUGGGAUUGUUUUUAAAAUCAAGCACAUCGAGUUAUGUUGUAAUUAGUUUUACUUUGUACUGGUAGAUAUAUAUAUUUGUUGUAGUCCCUCUGUGCUUAUGUAUUGUUGUUAGUAGGGGAUUCGCCUAAGCAGUAAAUUUAGAUGGAAAUAAACAAGGGAUGUCAGUUAUGUAUCAUUGGGGAUUGUGGUGUUGUUUUUUUUGUUCAUAGUUGCCAUAUCACUUUAACCUAUUAGGGGCAUAUAACAAAACCUUCUAGCUGGCUUUUUUCUUUCUUGACAGCCUUUUUAAAAUACUUUCUAACCUUUUUCAAGUACCUGUAGCUCUGUGCUUGUAGAUAAAAUAUUCAAUAAUUGUUCUAGUCCAUCAAAGGCAAUUUGAUACUUUUCACAUAGUUAAUAUCUAUCUCUUUAUUAUAUAUAUAUAUAUAUAUAUUUUGCUUUGGUUACUUUUAGACUUUGUGUAGAUAGAGAUCAGCAGUUGAUUGAAACAAGUUUCAUACAGUGGCGUAUGGAGGAUGCCAGGCAGCAAGGCUUGUUGGUGCCCCCCCUCCCAAUAAUGUUUGUAAUUCAUAUUUGCAUAAAAACAGUAAGCAAUACAAAACAUAUACUCGUACAAUAAGUUAACAAAUGUUGCGACAUAAAUAUUUAAUGCAAUGUUUUGAAACCCAUUUUGGCACCCAGCCUCUCCCCCCAGUACGCCACUGCUGACUGGUUUCAUGUUGAUAACGCCAUUAUUUAUACAUAUUUUUAUUUACAUUUAUUCUACUGAAUACGUUGGAAUGUUGAAUUACUUAGUCAAUUAGUGUGAAUGUUGUAAAACAUCUCAUCCGACUCUGACUCAUGGAAUGACACAACUGUUUAACAUCAACACAUUUUGGUCAAAGCAUUCUGGUCCAUCUAGAUCUAAAUCUAGUAAAACUAAUACUAGAUCUACUACUUACUUACUACUAGAUCUAGACAUAUAGCCAAUAUUAUAGGUAUAGUAUGCUGUAGGCAUUUGAUUUUUACAGCCAAAGUUUACUAUUUUCUUGUUUUUCUGAUUAAUUUGCAUUAGUUGGGUAAUUGUUUUAAUGUUGACUGACAUUUGAUUCUACCCAAGUUUUUAACUUUGCCUUUAGUUUAGUUUUUAUAAUUUAUUAAAAGAAGUAGUCUCUAAUAAAACUCUUUUAAAAUGUAAAAAUAAAUUGCGUAAAUUAAAAAAGAAACGUUUAAUCGUUUAUUUAUUUAACAGAAAAAAAAACAUUUGCUAGAAAUGUCACUGACCUAAAUAAGCUGCUAAACAAGAAGCUAUAAUUACUCUGUAGUGCUCAUUGCCACGUCUGCUGUUUUUUUAUUUAACAACAUUCUUCACCCACAUUUGAUUGCGCAGCGCAAUAAACUUGUUCACAUAAUCAGA